AUGACUGAGGAUAGUUAUUCCAUUGAGAAUAAUAAUUCAAUCUCCUCUGCAAAUAGUAAUACCCCUUUAAAAAACGAAAAGCAUCAAGAGCUCAUUUUUUCAACGGUAAACUCAGACUCGUCAUUUGAAUCAGACCAACUAGCUAAAAACCCCUUUCUAGAUCCAAAUGUUGAGAGGUUUUAUCGUGACCAGUAUACAAACUCCAAAUAUGAGGCUUAUAUAGCUUUCGACCCCCAGUUUGAGUGGACGCAAGAAGAAGAAAACAAAGUUGUACGCAAAUUGAAUUUUCGUGUUGCAUUAGCAGCGUGCCUUAUGUUUGUCGGUCUCCAAGUUGACCGAGGAAACUUGGCACAAGCAGUAACGGAUGACUUGUUAUCGGAUAUCGGAUUGAACACCAAUGAUUAUAACACCGGAAACACCAUCUUUUUGGUUUGUUUUUUGGCUGCCGAGGUACCUUCUCAGUUGAUCUCUAAAGCAUUGGGCCCGGAUAUUUUCAUUCCUAUACAAAUCUGUGCUUGGAGUAUUGUGGCAAUGUCACAAGCAGCAUUGAGCGGGAAAGCAUCCUUUUACAUAACAAGAGCACUUAUAGGUGCCCUUGAAGGAGGCUUUAUUGCCGACUUGGUUUUAUGGUUGUCUUACUUUUUCACUAGUAAAGAGUUACCGGUGAGAUUAUCAUGGUUCUGGACUACAUUGUCCUUGGUUCAAAUAGUCACGUCGUUAUUGGCAUUCGGUAUCUUGAGACUUGAUACAUGGGGCUGGAGUGGGUGGAGAUUCCUUUUCCUCAUUGAAGGAGGAUUUACUCUCGCGAUAGGUAUUGCUUCGUAUUUCUUGAUGCGUCCAAGUGCAGUGCAAACUAAAACAUUUUGGAAUCCCAAAGGUUGGUUUACUGAUAGAGAGGAGAAGAUUGUUGUUAAUAGGGUUUUGAGAGAUGAUCCUUCUAAAGGUUCCAUGCAUAACCGUCAAGCCAUUUCGCCAAAAAUGUUAUGGAAGUGUCUUGUGGAUUAUGAUCUUUGGCCAAUAUACGUUAUUGGGCUUGUUGCUUACAUUGGCCAAACUACAUUCACUUCUUAUUUCGGCUUAAUGAAUAGACAUUUGGGGUUCUCGGUAUUUAAUACCAAUCUUUUAACCAUACCGCAAGCGGCAAUCCAUAUUAUUUUUCUUCUUAUAAUAACAUGGGUAUCAGAAAGGGUUAAUCAAAGAGCAUUAGUUAGUUUAGCUGCACCACUCUAUGCAACUCCGCUCAUAGCAAUUAUCAGAUGGUGGCUGGGCUCUGGCAAAGAUGUUUGGGCAACAUGGGUGUUGAACACCUUAUAUAUGGCCCAACCAUAUAUUCAUGCAAUAUGUGUGUCGUGGGUUUCAAGAAAUUCAAAUUCGGUGCGUACUAGAUCAGUUUGUUCAGCCUUGUAUAAUAUGUUUGUCCAGUUGGGAAACAUUAUUGGUAACAAUAUUUAUAGAAAAGAUGAUCAACCAUUAUAUAAAAGAGGUAAUAUGCAAUUGUUUGUCAUUACUUUUAUCCUUAUUCCAAUAUUAUUACUAACCAAAUGGUACUAUGUUUGGAAGAAUAAAAGAAGAGACAAGAUUUGGAACGCAAUGACCGAGGAUGAAAAGAAUGAUUAUAGACAGAAUACAAAAGAUGAGGGUAACAAGAGAUUAGACUUUAGAUUCGAUAGCUAA